GAUCCCUGCUGAGAGAAAGAGAGGCUGCAUGUGGAAAGCUAUGAGAGCAGGGGAAAAGCGGAAAAGCAUUCAGCUCUUGGUGACCAACAAAGACUACUGACAACUUGUCGACUAAUAACACUCUUCUGGAGAAACGGAACUACAUGGUAGCGCUUCAGUCUGCUGAUGGCUCUUUACCUUAUUCCUUCACUCAUCCUAAAUUGUUUUAGGAUAGUGACAAGACAUGGAAAUGUGCCACGUGGGAAAUGCGAAGGGUCGUGCCGGAACGUUCAAGUUUUUGGAGGAUGUGGAUGGAGUGACUGACAUUUUCCACUGAGGUACGCAUCUGGCCAGGAGUAGGAAGAAAUGGAAUAUUUAAGAUCCCUCGGAUGGCUGACAUUAAUUGUGGUUAAAAGGAAGCAGUGACAUGUUUUGUUCUUUUUAAGCUCUAACCUGACAUGAGUUUGUGAGGGAGAGAAAAGGGGAGAGGGGAAACUUAGUGACACAUGGACAAACACAAUUUCAAUGCAACCAUGUUCAUCACCCAUGCCUGUCAGCAGCUAAUGUCAUCUUACAGGUAUGGGGAAAAGUUGGGAUGAGGAGCAAGGACGACCAAAGCUUUUUAGGAAAUUUCACUCAGCUUUUCAACAUAAGUUUUUUUUAUCUCCUUUCCUUCUGCAAAACCAAGUGCUGGUUGUGUGCUUAGGAAGAAACAUAGUUGCUGGAAAACCGUCAACAACAAGAUGAAAUUCUGAUAUUCAAAAAGUAGACCUUAUAUUUUUAUCAUGAGUGCUGCUUUUACAAGACCAAAUUUCAAGGAUGUGAAACCUGUGACUUCAGUUGCAACGUUUUCCAACGGAUUCUAUAAUAUUCUUAUUUUUCUUCUCUUGUUUGGAUUUGGGUAUUUUGUGUACCUGAAGCGCUUCUGUCUCCCUUGUUUGCUUAUUUUUCCAGAGGCAUGAUAAACAGCGAUAUUACCCGAGCAAUUUAAUUUUUACACACCCUAUUGUCCUUUAAGAUCAAACAGCUGCUCUUUUUGUCGCCCUCGAUUCAGCGAGCUGCUAUUUUUGUUUCCCUCUGUGGAAGGAUCAUUUGUUGAUCCUGACAGACAUUUCAAGGCUCCAGCUUCCUCUGAGGUGUUGGAGUACCCAAGCACAUGUUGUAUUGAAGUGUAGUUUGUAAAUCAAGCGACACAAGGUGAUGCUUUAUGGUAUCCUGCAAGUAAAUUUUUCUUAAAACUAUAAUUUUGCUCUAGUCUGACUGAAUUUCCAGGCAGUAAUCCUGAGGCAUUCAUCUCUUGUGGCACAGAGCUGACGCUAUGAACCUGCGCGGUGGCAACAUGUCCGACUUAAUCUCUAACACAAUCAGGACCUUCGGUACUCUGGAGUCCAACCCUUGGCCUUCAGCUUUACCCAAUAACUCAUCACUGAUCAAGUGUCCGGUGAGCGACGUGGCUCGCAACGGGAUUGAGACGCAGCCGGAAAACUGGUCACAGCACAAUGGCGCUGGAGAUUUCGGAUCUCGCUGCCUUCACUCUGAGUUGCCGGUGGAGAAGAACUGGCCAGCACUGCUGAUUCUGGUCGCCAUCGCUGUCACGGUCAUGGGUAACAUCCUGGUGAUCCUGGCGGUUUCCCUGGAGAAAAAGCUGCAGAACGCCACUAACUAUUUCCUGAUGUCACUGGCCGUGGCUGACAUGCUCCUCGGCAUCUUGGUGAUGCCGGUUUCCAUGGUGACCAUUCUCUACGAUUACAAGUGGCCUCUUCCCUCUGACCUUUGUCCUAUCUGGAUCUACCUGGAUGUCCUAUUUUCCACAGCAUCUAUCAUGCAUCUUUGUGCAAUUUCACUGGAUCGAUACAUCGCAAUAAGAAACCCGAUCCACCACAGCCGCUUCAAUUCUCACACAAAGGCUCGCAUCAAGAUCAUGGCAGUGUGGACCAUUUCAGUGGGGAUUUCAAUGCCGAUUCCUGUACUGGGACUCAGAGACCAUUCCAAAGUUUUCAAAAAUGGGAACUGCCUGUUAACAGAUGACAACUUUGUACUGGUGGGUUCCUUCAUUGCCUUUUUUGUUCCACUAACCAUCAUGAUUGUCACCUACUUCCUGACCAUCAGUGCGCUACAGAAUGAAGCCACACUCUGCUUGGACCAGCUUGUUCCCCGGCCCAAAUGGAGCACAACAUUCACACUGAGCUUCUUUCCUCAAAGUUCUGUAUCCUCUGAGAAACUCUUCAGACGCUCAAUAAGCCGAGAGGUUGGAGGAAGAGGAAGCACUGGCGGCCUCGGUGGUGCACGUGGGAGCAUCUCCAAUUCGAUGUUUGGCCGGCGCACUAUGCAGUCUAUCAGCAAUGAGCAGAAGGCAUCAAAGGUGCUGGGAGUUGUUUUUUUCCUCUUUGUGGUCAUGUGGUGCCCGUUUUUUAUCACAAAUGUACUGAUGGUUGUGUGCCAUCGCAAUAUAUGCCAUCCAGAGGUCAUGGAGGGUCUGCUAAACAUUUUUGUCUGGGUCGGAUACUUGUCUUCGGCUGUCAACCCACUUGUCUACACACUUUUUAACAAAACAUACCGCUCAGCUUUCAUGCGCUACAUUCGCUGCCAGUAUCAGCCAGAAAAAAAACCUCUUCAACUCAUACUGGUGAACACCAUUCCACCUAUGGCCUUCAACUCCACUCAGUUACCCCUGGAUGACAUGGGGAAGUUACACAACGGAACAAUACGAUGUGAGAAGGAAUCAAGGGAUUUCGUCUUGCCUGGGAAGGAAAAAGAGAAGUGCAAACAGGGCAAAAGCCAAAGAGACAAAGAUGAGAGCAGUGUGUAAGAAAACUCUAGUUAAAGAUGGUAUAGAUGUUUUGGAUUAAAGAAAUCCUGCAAUUAAUCUCUUUCAAUUGGUAGGGACACUCACUGUACCAUCUCAACCAAAGUGUGAAGGCUUGAGGUCAUGAGGUCAUACCUAAUAUGAA